AUGUCGCUGUUCAAGAAGUUCGAACCCAAGCCCGAUCUCGGACCCGCAACAGCACUCAAGUCUUCGGUGCGCCGAGUCAUCCGUCAGAAGCUCACCGACCAAUACCCAGAGUUGGCCAAGGACGAAGGCGCUCUCCUCGAAGCAGCAUGGCCCAACAAAGCCUCAGUAACCACGGUCAAGUUUGCUCGAGAGCACGUACAGAUGCUCAUCGCCGAUAAGCAGGUGCUCUUCUUCCAGCACUACGACGACUGGUACCUGCCCAGCUUGCGGCUUUUGCACAAGUUCCCUGACAUGCUUCCAUCGGUACAAGUUGACCGCGGCGCCAUCAAGUUCGUGCUCUCAGGUGCCAACGUCAUGUCGCCAGGCCUCACGAGCGCAGGAGGCAAGCUGCCAGAUCCAUCAAAGGGAGAGACACCGCUCAAGGCGGGACAGUGUGUUGCGAUCCGUGCACAGGGCAAGGACGAGAUCCUCGCUGUGGGAGUGAUGCAGAUGGAUACCGAAGAGGUUCGAAAGACAGGCAAGGGCAUUGCGAUAGAGAACAUCCAUUAUCUUGGAGACGACCUGUGGUUGACACUGUCCAAGGGCGGCAUCUAA